CUCAUCCCAUCCGCAAUCUCACUGACACGCACCAGAACAGCCGUUUCGCUGGUUGCUUUUAUCGAGAAAUUCGCUCGCUUACGCAUUGUUGAAACUAGGCUGAAAAGGGUCACAUCCGCUGCAUCGUUUGUUCCCAGACUUGCUCAUCAUCUCCCAAUAAGGGGCUCACCAAAAUGUCCUUGUGAGAACCACCACAACUCAGACUAUAGACCGCUCUGCCAAUCAACAGCCGCCAAACUUCAUAAUGUCUUUAACAAGCUCAAUACCGCGGGUGCUCCUCCGUACAAGGCCGUCAAUGCAACGGCACCAAACCCGCCUGUUCUCCGCCCUUGCCGCCUCACCGUCGUCAAAAACCCAAGUCUACAUCUCGACAUCGCGCUCCCCUUACACGAACCUCUCGAUCGAGCACCACCUCCUCCAGACGACACCCUCCGACUCUACCAUCUUGUUCCUCUACACGAACCGACCCAGCAUCAUCGUCGGCCGCAACCAGAACCCGUGGCUCGAGGUCAACCUCCCCAAGCUCCAAUCGCUGGGCCCCAGCAGCGGCGGCGAGGACGUCAUCGACCUGGUCCGCCGCCGCAGCGGAGGCGGCGCCGUCUUCCACGAUGAGGGCAACGUGAACUACUCCGUCAUCUGCCCGCCCGCGAACUUUGACCGCGACACGCACGCCGAGAUGGUCGUCCGCGCCCUGCGGUCCUUGGGCGUCGACGGCGCGGCCGUGAACUGCCGGCACGACAUCGUCAUGACCGUCCCGCCCCUUUCGCCGUCGAAAGCCCCCGCCGAGAUGCAGUCCGCGGACGGCUCGGCGUCCAGAGCGACCCCCGCAGCAUCGUGCGCCAGGCCGAAGGCCGACGCCGAGAACACCUUCAAGAUCUCCGGCUCGGCGUACAAGCUCACGCGCCUGCGCUCGCUCCACCACGGGACCUGUCUCCUGUCGUCCCCAAACCUCCCCCGCAUCGGCGGCUUCCUGAGGUCGCCCGCUGAGCCCUUCAUCAAGGGCCGCGGCGUCGAGAGCGUGCGCUCGCGGAUCCGCAACGUCGGCGUGGACGACACGAGGACGUUCGAGGACGCCGUCGUGAGGGAGUUUGGAAACAUGUAUGGCGAGUUCGAUGUGCGGGCCGAGCUCGGAGACAAGGAUGUCCAAGGGGAGGAGAAGAUACAGAAGGGGAUGGGAGAGCUGGAGGUGAGUUGAGAUGCUGCCAAUAUCUCACUUCGCAGUGGCAUCGCCCCGUCUUUUGCGGCCACGACAUGUUCGGAGCGGAAGCAGGCGGGAAACUCGACAGACUAAUGUGCAACGCAGUCCCGAGAGUGGAUCUACGGCCAGACACCUCUUUUCACCUUCUCGACUCACCCCUCGGAAGACGACCCACGAGAACGUCCGCAGCUUCCAGGCAACGUAAGUGAACUGCUCUCUUGCCCUCCUGAAAUCACAAUCCCUCCCGCCUCCUGCACCCCCGUUCUUCUUCUUCUUCUUCUUCUUCGAACGAUCACCUAGCCAGGUGUCUGACCCGUUGCAGUUCAACCUCACAUUCGAAGCCCG